AGAUAAAAGCGCAAAAGGUCAAAAAAAUGUAUUAAAAAUAAUGAUAAUAAAUCAAGGACGUGUUUAUUCUUCUUCAAAGUGAGAAAAAAAAAGUUCAACAGACGUCUGGGCGCCCCUGCUGCUCGUGCGCAUGCGCCAAUGACACUUUCACUACCUGCCGCAUGAUCCAGUAUUUCACAAGGGGAGAGCGGGAGUUGUCAUCCACUUGCGUGAGCUGCAGCUGAGAGAAGGUUGUCGUGCGUCAAGAGAGAAAGAAUACGGAGCGGUUUCCUUUUUUCAUCCUCCUCUACUGAAGGCGUAUCACUUAUGGAUGCCACUUUUACGCACGGAACAUCUACGCACUGAUAAGGACACGCAACUUUUUAGGUUGGGGAAACAGCGGUGGGAUGAUUUUCUAAAGUUCUAUAGUUUGUGCCAACAUGUCUAAACCAAUGGAUCACGUCAAACGUCCGAUGAACGCUUUCAUGGUCUGGUCCAGAGCCCAGCGCAGAAAAAUGGCUCAGGAGAACCCGAAAAUGCACAACUCCGAGAUCAGCAAGAGGCUGGGAGCGGAGUGGAAACUUCUCACCGAGUCUGAGAAAAGGCCCUUCAUCGACGAAGCCAAGCGGCUGCGAGCGAUGCACAUGAAGGAGCACCCAGACUAUAAAUACAGACCGAGGCGGAAGCCCAAGACUUUGAUGAAAAAAGACAAGUUUUCCUUCCCGGUGCCGUACAACCUGGGGGAGCACGACGCGCUGAAAGUUAACGGACUUGCCACUGGAGCACUUUCCGAGUCUGUCAUUGGGAAUCCCGACAAGGCGGCGGCGGCAGCGGCGGCCGCAGCGGCCAGAGUUUUCUUCAACCCCUCCAUGUCCGCGAACCCCUAUUCUUUUUUCGACCUGGGAUCCAAGAUGACGGAGCUUUCCCCGCCUUCCUUUCCGUACGCGUCUCCGUUGGGUUACCCGCCGGGUGGCGCCACGGCGUUCUCCGGGACUGGCGGCGUCGGUGGCGGGACGCACACGCACUCUCACCCUUCUCCGGGAAACCCGGGGUACAUGAUCCCGUGUAACUGUACGGGCUGGCCCUCGGCGGGACUGCAGCCCCCAUUAGCAUACAUCCUCCUCCCUGGGAUGGGGAAACCUCAACUUGAACCGUACCCCGCUUACGCUGCGGCGUUAUGAUGAGAAAACGAGGAGAAAAAAAUGAACUCAUGCAAGAGUUUUAUAAUGCAUGCACAAACUUGUUCAUGUGAUGAAGUACUCGUCGUCUCAGAUAUCACAUGUGUAUGUACAUUUAUUAAUGCCUUUAUCUAAGGUAAUUGUAAUUUAGAGGACUUUCUGAUCUAUUAUUGCUCAGCAUCAUCACCUCAUGCAAUUCCAGGAAAAGUCACCGAUUUUAGGAGCAAUUUGUUUAAAAAGAACUCUUAUUUCUAUCUUUUGCACCUGCUUGACUGACUUGUCGGAAUCAAGGACAGCCAACAAGAUGACACUCUUUCUCCAUUUUACGCACGGUUUGGCUCAAAGAUCAACAACUGUCACCGCCUUGUAAAUGUGUACAGAAUAAAUUGACCUUAGUUUAUUUGCUGUUGAAGGCCUAGUAUUUGAAAUAGGGCCGAAAUUUCCCUAGAAAUCCGCUGUAUAUUUUGAGUUUUUAAACCGUUUUAUAGAUGUCUGUAAUAUUUAUUGUUUAGUGAAUUUAUGGUGACCCAAGAAAAUUAAAAAAAGAACAUUUGCACAUGAGUAUGUAAUUUAUUUUGAAAAAAAAUGUGUUAUUCAGUUCGGGUUUGUGUCACCACGCCGUUUUUCUAUGGAAAAAAGGGGAAAAAUAGUCAUUUGGUGGGUUUAUAAUUUCCCUAAUUCCCUCGUAUCAUGUGCAGCAAGAAAAAACACAUUUUUACUAACACCUUAUGGAAUUUGUAUGUUUUUUGUGUUUAACCUCCAUUAUGUACUUCAAGCUACUGUUCACUUGUUGAGCAAAAGAAAAGGACUACAAUAAAGCCUAUUCGGAUUAAACA